AGUUAGGCCUCGAAGCAGCCAAGUCGUGCUACAGAGCAAUAAUAAGUAAAGUUGUGAUUUUUAUGAACUUUGGUUCGCAGUGUUAUAAUGGGAAAAAGCAGUUUAGUGACAGUUCCUGCAAUGUCAACAACUCCCCUGAAGUCCUCAUUCUCUAUCAGUGCGCUGAUGCCGGAAUUAUUUUUGGCAGAUAACAACGAUGUUGAAAAACAACGUGCACCAACUCCAGUUUCCGAUUUAAGUGGUGAAUCCGAUUGUGACUUGGAUGUUACGGGUACAUCAACACCUUUGGAUUGUAGUAAUGAUGGGGAAAAAGAUGACCAAUCGAAGGCAAAAGAAAAACCACCGUACAGCUACAACGCUUUGAUCAUGAUGGCCAUCAGAAGCAGUCCAGACAAGAGGUUAACACUUAACGGAAUCUACGAGUACAUCAUCACAAAUUUUCCCUACUACAAAGACAACAGGAUGGGUUGGCAGAAUUCAAUAAGGCACAAUUUGAGUUUGAACAAGUGUUUUGUAAAGGUGCCCAGACAUUACGAUGAUCCUGGUAAAGGUAACUACUGGAUGUUAGACUCUUCUGCCGAAGAUGUUUUUAUCGGAGGUACCACCGGCAAGUUGAGAAGACGAUCGACAGCUGCUACAAGGUCCAGAUUAGCAGCUUUCAGAAGGUCUCUCCAAAUGCCGCCUCAGCUCUAUUACCAGCAACAAGUUUGCCAAAGAUACUCACCGUAUUUCUUCCCAACACCUACGCCUGCUUCAGUGAGACCAAUGUUUGGAAACAUGCCUUUGCAACCACAAAUGUUCGACAUGGCAGCCUACUUCAGACAGCCCCAUAUGGAUAUGUACCAAAAUUUGAGGUAUUCCCAACAUCCGACGCAAUUGAUGCCACCUUUGCCGUUUCCCAUGUCUCCUUCAAGUGUUUCUUCAUCACCUGAGCCAAGUCCCUCAGACAGUUUGUUCAAGCCAGUUACAGUUAUUUCAAGACAAUGUUAACUGGUAUUCAUUUGAAUGUGAGUAGAAAAGGCGGUUUACCAAAGAAUUAGGUUUAAGUUGUUAGUACAAAGUUGUUGUAAAAUACAUCUUUUGUUACAUAUUAUGUUUGAUCUCCAAAUGUUUUUGUAUAGAAAAAAGUAUAAAUAUCUAAUAUAUAUUAUUGUAUAAAUGUAAAUAUUCAAUCUAAAUGAUAUCUAUUUAUUGUAUAUAUGUAUAUUAUAAUGAAUUUUCAAAUUGUAUGUAAAAGUCAGUAGAUCGAAUUGAAAAAUAUGAUAUUCAACGAAAUACACAUUAUUGAAAUUUACUCAAUGUUUUUAUUUUCCUAUAAAUAAUUAGAAAUAUAGGGAUAAACUCUAUCUAAAUUAAUGAGUAUAAGAAAGAUAUAGGUGAACCCACCUAUUCUCAGAUUCUGUCGAGUAUUUUCCUAGAAACAUUUUCACUCUUAAAAACAAUUAAUUCAAUUAUCAAAAUCAAUCCUCAUUUUAGUUCAUAAACAAAAAUGAACAGAAUUGUUUUGAUGUACAUAUUCAUGUAAAUGAUAUCUAUUUAUUGUAAAUAUGUAAAUGCAUGUAUGUA